AUGGUCAUCUCUAAUUUCACUAUUCGACGAAUAUUGAUAGACAAUGGUAACUCAGCUGACAUACUAUUUAUUGGGGUGUAUGACAAAUUAAAAAUCGGCCAAGAGAAGCUUCGACCCAUGAAGUCACCACUGGUGGGAUUUUCAGGUGACAAAGUAUAUCCACUGGGGGCAGUUACCCUUCCAGUCACUGCAGGAGCCAAUCCAAAGCUGGUCACUGUAAUGGUGGACUUUGUAGUGGUGAACUGUCUAUCAUUAUACAAUAUUAUACUGGGGAGGAAAACAUUGAAUGCCAUGAAAGCAAUCACUUUCACUUACCAUCUCCUGAUGCGUUUCCCAAUUGAAUAUGGUAUGGGAAAGCUAAGAGGGGACCAAACAAUGGAUCGAGAAUGUUAUGACGCCUCUCUCAGAAAAACAAAAGUGCAAGAGGCACUUACGAUUAAAGGGCUGGAAGGGAGAGAUAUGCCAGACUUUCAUAGAGCGGAACCUACAGAGGAGCUAGAAGAGGUCAUCCUUGGUGAUGGUGAGCCCGAGAAGAAAGUGAGUAUAGGGUCUUUAUUCCCCCUAGGUAUCAAAGAUGAACUUACUCAAUUCCUCAGGAAGAAUCGAGACGUAUUUGCAUGGGUGCAUGAAGACAUGUCGGGUAUAGACCUCACUAUCAUGGAGCACCGCCUAAAUGUAAAUUUUAACUUCAAACCUGUCAGGCAAAAGAGGAGGACUUUCGUUCUAGAGAGGAAUCAGGAGACCUUUGAGGUACUUAAGAGGCAUAAGAUGAAACUCAACCCCAACAAGUGUGCCUUUGGGGUUUCCUCAGGAAAAUUCUUGGGAUAUAUGGUAAGCAGAAGAGGAAUUGAGGCCAAUCCAGAGAAGAUCCGAGCAGUCAUUGACAUGAGAUCGCCAAUAUCAACCAAGGAUCUACAACGACUAACAGGGAAGAUUGCUGCCUUGAGUAGGCUAAUCUCUCGGUCAACUGACAGGUGUCUACUUUUCUUUCAUGUGCUAAGGAAGGCUUUUAAAUGGACCUUAGAGUGUGAGCAGGCGUUCAAAGAACUAAAGCAAUGCCUUAAUUCUCCCUCAUUACUGUCUCGAACCAUACCGGGAGAGGAACUAUACAUAUACCUUGCGAUCUCCACGACAGCUGUCAGGUCAGCUUUGAUACGAGAAGAAGAAGAGGUCUUACACAAGCUAGAAAGCUCUGGUCGACUGAUGAAGUGGUCAGUAGAGUUAGGAGAGUUCGAUAUUCAGUACAAGAUAAGAACAGCAGCAAAGGCUCAGGUGUUGACUGAUUUCUUAGUUGAGUUUACCCCUCCAGAAGAGGAGAAACAACCCCAAUUUUUGACAGAACCAGGUUCAAGUGAACAGAUAGGCCCAGAAGUAGUCUGGAACUUGUUUGUGGAUGGGUCAUCUAAUGUUCAGGCUAGCGGAGCCGGGUUUGUUCUUGCUCCCCAGAGGGAGAAAGACGAGAAGAUGAAGAGUUACCUACAGAAGGUGGAGGAAUUAAAGAAUCAUUUCCAAAGAUUCUCAAUUCAUCAAAUACCACGAGAAGAGAACGGGAAAGCAGAUGCCUUAGCCCGGCUAGCUACUGCAUUGGAACCUGAGAUCAAUAAGACUAUACUACUGGAAUAUUUGGAUGAACCAUCUAUAUCUCAGGAGAGACAAAUUGAAGUGCAACAAGCGAUAUUGAGUGUGGAAUGGGCAGAUCCUAUCAUCAGAUAUAUCAAGGAUGGGGUGCUACCAACAGACCGAGCAGAAGCUCGAAAGGUUAAGAUGCGAGCUGCUAGGUUUAUGUUUAUCAAAGGGGUGAUCUACAAGAGAAGCUUCUCCAUGCUGUAUUUACGAUGCUGGCUACAUUUUGAGGGAGAUCCACCUAGGAGUUUGUGGAAACCAUGCUGGGGGUAG